AUGGCCUCACCAUCAAAUCUCGUCCAGCUCGCAAAGAGCCUGCCGGAGCCUCUGCAGCGCUUCUUUGCCCGCUGGCCGCCAGCAGCGCUCGUUGCUCCCGGCACACACCCGACGCCUUUCCAAGAGCAGCGACCGAACCCUUUCCGAUUCUACAAGCACCCCGUCACCGGACGAUGGCAGGACCCGGUCUAUUCCCAGAGGAGGCAGAUGCAGCUCGUGAAGCUGGCGCGAGAGCACGGCGUUGAGGAGCUGCUGCCCCAGACAAACAAGGGCACAGAGUACCAGUUGGCUCAGCGUGUUGAGCAUGGUUUGAGAGUAAAGGGUACUGGUGUGGGACAGAAGGUCAAGGGUCAUAUCCACGAACGACACAUGAUUGCAAAGAUGGAACAGAGGAGGAAAGCCAUGCUGGAGAUGCCAAAGCUUAUCCGAGCCUGGAAGAGUGUCGGGAAGAGGAACUGGACAAAGUUCCCGAAAUAA